GGCACCACCUGGAUUAGGAUGACCAAUUGUGUCGUCUUCGCCGGCUGGUCAAUCUUCACGCGUGUCAUCGAGCACUUCAACGUCCGCCCUACCGAGAUUGAAGGAUCCAAUGUAUCGGAACCGGACGGCCCGGAUGCGGUAUAUAUCCUUGGGCGGUCCAACUCGGUCUUCAUUCUGGAAGGCAGCCGAAGAGACAUCAAAACCUGGACCAUCGCUGGUCUCACAUACAAAGACAGCGUAUUCCCUUCAGCGGUAAUAUGGCGAGCUCUGACUAGGGUGGGAAGUUUCAUGGUGUUGUUGCUGGUUUUCACGACAAUUCCGAACGGGUCCACCACAGAUCAACUGGCGUUUAUCUUGUUGAAUGCGCUAGGGCAAGUUAACCUACUUUUGGGGCAGCAGUUGAAUAGUACCUGUCGACUUUCAGAGUUGAAGUUGAUAGAAAGAGCGAAGGUUCAAAGUCGGACGGAGGUAUACGGCAUGCUGCUGCGACGGUUCAAGGACGUGGGAAAUGGCGUGAAAGAUUGGUUGGAGAAGGCGGAUCUCCUGCCGCGAACGGACGCCUGGAAAAUCUGGAGUCGGCAUGUGGUUGAAGAUUACCGCAUCGAUCCUAAAGUGCUAUACCAAAGUAUUAUUACCGAGAGAUUGGAUUACGAUCGUUCGGAUUGUUCUGCAGCUGAUGAAAAGACUGUAAUUACUGGAUGAUACACCGGGUACCUAAUU